CAGACACCAACCGGCGCCCACUGGACGUGAGCAUGCAAGCCACCAGACGCGGCGACCGCCAGCACGGAAAAGCUGCCCGCUCCGUCCAACCUCCCAACACGUCUCGCGCGCCGCAACUGCGUGCCGUGGAUCAAAGUCGUGAUGGCUCAUGUUGGACGCACGGUGGCGCCUCCCUUCCCCAGCAGCACCCGCGCGCCCAACACAAUUGAGCGAUAAUGCGCAUGGCCACGCCGUCGGGCCCCCGCAUUGAGAUGGCCCGCUGAACUCGGUCUCGUUCCUUGCCUACCUGCCUGGUUGGCUGAUUCCAAAUGGCCAGCUCGUUCCGUCAGUGCCGACAGAUGGCACAAGACAUUCGUAGAGCGGGCGUUCCACAGGUCGUCGUACAGUACAGUAUACACUACCUAAGUUAGUACCUUGAUCCCGCCACCACGGGAUACAGCUGUCCCGCCCGUUCACGGACAUUGCGGACAUUACGGAGCAGACUUAUUUUACCCCUCCGGCUUGAAACCUGGACCCUCGAGCGCGUCUUCUUUUCCCACAGUGUGAAGCGCGGACCGGAAAGAUUGGCAAACACCAGAAAGACAACCCAACCGCCCUGAGACGUCACCACGAUGAGUCUGAGAAUCUUGCCCGUCAUCGCGUUGGCCGCGCUGGGCGUCUUCGUGUACGACCGCAGCCGCAUCGUCAGCUUCAUGUGGAACAACUCGCCCGACAAGCUCGCGCGCGUCAACACGUUUGGGAGCCACAGCGUCAAGUUUGCGGACCGGAUCCGCAGCUGCGAGGACUUUUUGCUGGUCGAGGACCGGGGCGUGGCCAUUGUGGCGUGCGAUGCCGGGCGGGAGCGGUGGAACACGGUCAUAGUGAGUUUGAUAUUGACUCGACCUCGAGUUAUCAAUGACGGAUAUGUGCGCUUCGUCGCCGUCGAUGGACGCCGAACUGACAUCCAUGGAACUCCACCACCAGGGCUUGAACGUGCCGGGCCGCCCCGUGUCCAGCGCCGAGCUCUACCUCUACGACUACAAGGACGCCUCGCUGCCCGACGCCGAGGCCCUGCAGCGCGUCUCGCUCGUCGGCUUCCCCGGCGGCGAUGACGACGGCGCCGACUUCCACACGCUGGGCUUCGCCUACGACGAGCAGACGUCGACGCUGUACGUGUCCAACCACGCCAGGGCGGGCUCGCGCAUCGAGGUCUUCGCGCUCGACCUGGACGCGCGCACGGCGACGCACCGCGCCACGCUGCGGCACCCGCUGCUCCACGGGCCCAACGCCCUCGUGCUGCUCGGCCCGGGCGAGCUGCUCGUCACCAACGACCACCGCUUCCCCGCGCGGGACUACCGGCUGCUGGCCCAGGUGGAGACGUAUCUGGGGACCCCGACGGGCACCGUCGUGCACGUGAAGCUUGAUGUCGCGCCUUUGCCCAACAACAAGAACAAGAACAAGGGCAGCAGCAGCACGUACGAGAUUCGCGAUGCCCGCGUCCUUGCGCACGUGCCGUUUGCCAACGGCUUGGAGCUGCUCAACCGCAGCACCGUGGCCGUGGCGUCGACGAGCCGCGCGGCCGUGUACCUGUUUACCCUCAGCGGCCGUGACGACGACGACGAUGAGAAGAAGCAGCAAACUACGAGUAGCAGCAGCAGCAGCAGCAAGAACAACAAGGACAGUGGCAAGCGAGACAAGCUCAAGAUGAAGUACAAGACGCAGAUCCGCACCCCCUUCCACCCGGACAACCUCUCGCUAACGGCCGACGGGCGGCUGCUCAUCGCGGGCCACCCACACACGCCGAGCCUGGAGCGCUUCGCGGCGACGCGGUACGUGUGCAACGACGCGGCGGAGCUGGCCCUCGCGUCGGACGAGACGAGGCGGUACUGCGCCGACGGCAGCAGCAGCACGACGCCGUCGUGGGCGGCGGAGUGGACCGAGGCGAGGGGCCUGCGCAGCCUGUACGCGGGCGUCGAGUAUCCGUCGAGCGCGACGGCGGCGUGGGACGUGGAGCGCGGGGUCGGCAUCGUGGCCGGGCUGUAUGCCAAGGGGUUGCUGGUGUGGAGGGACUGAUGGGCCGGGGAGUCAAUGGCUGGGUUAUGUUUGUAUGUGGACGGAGAGGGAUGGUGGUGAGAGGGAUGAUGGAUGAUGGAUGAUUGCGUUGGAGGACUUCAUUCUGAAAAUAAGUAUGAAGUAAUCGUGGUGGUGGGUGUGGCUAGAGAUAUGCCAUCGUCAAGUGCUUCUCCCCGUGUCUGGUGAUGGGGGAUAUUGAUGGAUGGAGUCGACAUGCAUACAUAAUGUGGCGCCGCCGGCACUCAGUGUUGGUGGCCCCGAGAGGGCGAGCUCAUUCAUGUUGGGGCGAGGGUGACCCUCCUCGGUGACCAGCGUCUCUCCGCAUGGACCCGACUAACGUCCAUGAGGACGCUUCCAUCAUAAGCACAAACCCGGGCAUCGUACUGAAUCCGUCAACGCGACUCCACAUGCAACAUCUGAAGCCUCAUUAUAACGCACCACCACGCCAAGCAGCACUUGCAUUGCGCUGCUGCAGAAUCAAAUGCCCGCCUCUCUGCUUGACCUUCUCCGAGGCGCCAGCCAGGUCGACUGCGACACCCUCGACAGUCAAGGUGCCUCCCUCCUCCAUUCAUUGACGUUCCCAUCAUGUUCCCUAGUCUAGCCUCAACUCCAUGCGUUGGCUGCACUGCUCAGGGGCUGACCGCACGUCUCGUCGCAUCACCGUUCAAGUCGCCCAAGAGCUGGGCCCGUUUGUCGACUGCACCUCCAACCAGGUAAACGGCGACCUCACCUGCCUCCUCCAUGUACCGCUCGUAACAUGUACUUGCUCGAUGAAUACCAC